GUAGUAGAGAUGAAUUUCGUCACUCCAUUCAGUAAUAAACUAUGGAGCAGAGUUCCUUUGUUGCUGUUUCCUGCUUUCAUACGAACACAGAGAACGGAUCAAGACAGCAGGACAGAGCUAACCACAGUGAUCCAGCCAUGGAUCAUAGCCACCUACAUGAUGACUCAUUAGGACUCUCCUCCAUCGUCUUCAUCUGCCUGUACAUACUGAUCUUCGUGGCUGGCCUGGUCCUGAACUCCAUGGCUGUGUGGGUGUUCUUCCAGAUCCGUACACAGAGGCGAACCUUCAUGUUAUACCUCCGCAACAUGGCUGUGGCUGACCUCCUCAUGACCCUUACGCUACCGAUCGAAAUACUCAACGAGGCCAAAUUAGCACCCCCGAGUCUUAAAGCCGUGUCAUGCAAUUACACAGCAGUGCUCUUUUACUGCUGCAUGUACACCAGCAUCCUCUUCCUCGGAUUGGUGGCUCUGGAUCGUUACUUAAAGAUCGUGAGGCCGUUCGGUGGAAUGUGCGGCGCUUGUCUUUACAGUUACUCGUUCACCGCAGCCAUGGCUGCUAUAGUGUGGUUCACAAUGAUAGGUCUUUCGCUUCCCAAUGCGAUACUGACCAAUCAGACUACAGUAGAAAAAAUAAAUAAUUGUGCAGGUCUAAAAAGUCAUCUAGGUAAAAAUUGGCACACAGUGGUGGUCUACAUCAACAUACUGAUCUUCUGCCUAGUUCUCAUCACUCUGCUUACCUGCUACAUAUCCAUCUAUAGACACAUCCAUCGAUCCUCUGCCCAGUUUGUCAUAGUCGGAGAGACAACGCCACGUAAGAAAAAAGGCCAGAACAUUCUAGUCUUACUGGUUGUGUUUUUUAUCUGCUUCGUUCCGUACCACCUUUGUAGGAUCCGAUUCACUGAAAGCCAGACUAAUGGAGAGCAGAUGAGUUCUGCCUUGAAGACUGGGAAAAAGGCAACGCUUUUGUUGUCUAUGUUCAAUGUCUGUCUGGACCCGGUCAUUUACUUCCUCAUGUCCAAGUCUUUUAGAAGUAAGCUGUCUCAAAACCUGGGAAUCUGGACACUCAGUGACAAAAUGUCCAUAUACUCUCCUGCAUCUACAAAGAAAGCAACAGUAGUCAUGCUCUUUAAGGAAAGCCAAUCUUCUUGAGGUGUUCUGUGGACAGAAAGUUUAUACAUAACUUAUACAUACUCAGCAGAUAUUUUACUGAGCAGAUCAAGACUGAUGUUUUUCCAUUCAUUAAUUUAUCUACUUUGUUUAACCUGUAGCCUCAGAUUACUGU